AACUAAAGAAACUGCAGCCAACAUGUCUGCCAUUGAUGUCAACAUCUACUGAAUAAAUAUGUAUUUAGUGAGGUCUAGUAUCUUCUAGAACCUGAUGUGGUGUCAGCAUUGCCCCAAGGAACGCUUGGCAUCAUGUAUUGACAUUAUGCAAAGUGGUUUGGUAAAAUGAGGCUGAAUAUUACAAAGUUUAGUCUUCAUGAUGCACUAUAUAACCUAAGGUAACUUUGGAAAUAGGGAGUUUGCAGUUGGUUCAUUAAUAUAUAGUAUUACACCAGUAAAUUUCGCAAAGCAUGUCAUCAGACAGUCACGUGAAAAGCAUAUUAUUCAAUGACACGUGUGACUGACAUUAAACCUGUGCCUACAAUAAAAGUAGCUUCUUGAUGAAAUGUCACUAAAAGUGUCUACUUCAAUAACAAUUCUUGGUUGUGGGGCUUGGUUAAACUGCAACGAAAUUGCUUUCAUUCUGACCGUCGUUACUGUUGCGCAAUUAUAUAACGGUGUAACAGUUGAGCGGCGCAUUGAAGAACUUCAUCUCCCAGGUGUCUCGGCAGCUCUGACUCCAGUUGAACGGGAGCCAGCCGUGUGUGAACAUGGCAGCUCCGUUGAGCAAGGCAUGCGAGGCUAUAGAGCGGUCCAUCCGUGCCCGGGUGCCCCCCAUGCUGACGGACCUAUACCAGUUUACCAUGGCUUAUGCCUAUUGGAACUCCGGACGGCACAACGAGCCCGCGGUGUUCGAAUUGUUCUUCAGGGAGAACCCCUUCGGCGGCGGCUUUUCGCUGUUCUCCGGUGUGCACGACUGUCUGCUGUUCUUGCGAAACUUUCGCUUUACGGAAGAAGACGUGGAGUACCUUCGGUCUGUUCUACCUCCCACCACCAACCCCGCCUUCUUCCAAUUUCUGCGGGAGCUGGACUGUUCCGGGGUGACCCUGCGCGCCGUUCCUGAGGCGACUGUGGUCUUCGCCAGGGUGCCGCUCAUGGAGGUGGCUGGUCCUUUGGCUGUGGUCCAACUGCUGGAGACCAGCUUGCUGUGUUUAGUCAACUAUGCCAGUCUUGUGUGUAGUAACGCUGCCCGGUUCCGCCUGGCCGCGGGGCCCGACAGAAAGCUGCUGGAGCUGGGGCUCCGGAGGGCCCAGGGCCCGGACGGUGGACUCACCGCCUCGCGAUACACGCACAUAGGAGGCUUUGAUAUGACCAGUAACGUGCAGGCGGGAUUCCUGUUCGGCAUCCCUGUAGCAGGAACCAUGGCCCACUCUUAUGUCACUUCCUUUUCCUCCCUGGAGGAGGUGUGGCCUCAGACUCUCCUGCCGGCGGACGGAGAGAAGGACCCAAUCGACCUGAUCUCGCUCACCAAGGGCCUUCUAGGUCGUCUCUGUGAGCUCCUGGGGGCGGAGCCUGCGAAGAUCCAUGAGGGCGAGCUGGCAGCUUUCCUGUCCUAUGCCAUCGCCUACCCUGGAAACUUCCUGCCUGUGAUUGACAGCUACAGUGUUAGCUGUAGUGGGCUGCUGAACUUCUGUGCGGUUGCCAUGGCACUGAUUGAGCUGGGCCACCAGCCGCGGGGGGUGCGUCUGGACAGUGGCGACCUCUGCAGGCAGUCGGUGGAAGUACGCCGCGUCUUCAAACACUGCGCCAAGCAAUUCUCCGUCCCUGUGUUCGAAUCUCUGAUCAUCGUUGGGACCAACAACAUCUCAGAGCAGAGCAUGAUGGAGCUCAGCAAGAAGGAGAACGAAAUCAAUGUGGUGGGAGUGGGAACCCACUUGGUAACGUGCACAAGGCAGCCGUCCUUGGGAUGUGUGUACAAGUUGGUGGAGGUCCGGGGGAGCCCCAGGAUGAAAUUCAGUGAAGACCCAGAGAAGAGCACUGUUCCUGGGAAGAAGGCUGUGUACCGUCUGCUGGACAGCGAGGGUCACCCCCUGAUGGACCUGCUGUGUCUCUCUGAGGAGCCCCCUCCCCUGGCGGGACAGACCCUCCGCUGCUACCCCCUGGGACAGGAGGCCCACCUAGCCGUCACGCCCACCGGGGUCACAUGUCUACGGCAGGAAGUGUUCGCCAAGGGACAGAUCACACAGCCUCUAUGCAGUGAUGCUGAAUGCAGAGAGAAAGUCCAGAGGUCCAUUCAGAACCUGGACCCCCGACACAAGAGAUUACAGGACCCCGAACCUUACAGUGUGGCACUGUCUGAUAAACUCCACAAGCUGAUAGCAGAGAUCCGCAGAGGAACCUCGGCCAACGGGAAAUUCCUGUUGAACAACUGAAGUAGAGAAGAGAGAGCGGGAGAGAGUCACACUCGUUUUUGUACUUGAACAUGUUUGUACUGUUAAUACCAUGCCAAUGCUUGUAAGGAAGUGUUCUGCCAAUAUCUACUUCCUUGAACAGAAUUAGAGAAAGCAAUAACUAAUGUUUAUUGUGUAAUUUGAUAUUUCCUUGCUAAACCUAAAAAUAUCUCACUCUAGGGUUAGUGGGUAUUUUCUUAAAAAUAAUAUAAUACAAUUGAAAUCAUUGUUUUUUCUUAAGGAAGGCGUUAAGCCUGUCUCUUCUUUACUAAAACACCAUCAUUUAAUCACCAGUCAGAUGGAUAACUGGGGAGUGUACUUUCAUUUCAAAAUGUUGACUUCAGGUAUUUGUAUCUGACUUGAAUACUUUCUCAUCAGUGUUUUCUUCAAACUUUUUCAGAUUUUUUUAAAGUAAUCUGCCUAUUGGCUAAGAUUCUGGGUAAUGACCAAACUGCCUCAAUGAAAAUGUUUACACCAAAUAUUUUCUUGUUAUACAGGUAUAUUAAAUCUGUCUUCUGUAUAUACUAGUUGUAGUUGUUUUGACUGUUAAUUUGUAUUUAAUAGGAAAA